AUGUUCAAAGCCUUGCGACGGUUGCACGGCCAAAAUCUCGAAAGCAAGGGGCUUAACGACAUGUCAGAGGCGUUCCAAUCUUUUGUGACCAGAGCACGCUUUUUUAGUGUAGGCAAACUGAGGCGGACAUGGUCACAUUCAGCGGCUGAGUUUGUAAAAUAUCGUCGCUUAUUGCCGAUGCUUAUGGCUGAUGGACAGGAUUUUGAUGGAGGAGAAACAGAUGGUCAGUUCAUAGUUUCUCUGCAUUUUUUCUGUUUGUUAGAGAUUUCGAUAAUGUUAUUAACAGCGCCCGGUUUUUCAAGCUAUGUAUACUAUUUCGACGCUGCUCUGGCAUUUCAUGCAAGAUCGAAAGAAGACAGAAAAAUCAUAGUGACAAAUAUCUCAUCGAGAGUUACAUCUCCACAGCUGCACUCGUUCUUUUCAAAGUUUGGAAAGGUCUCACAUUGUUCGCUGCCGCGUGAGGAUCGACGUCAGACUAUGUUUGGCACUAUGCCGAGGCAUUUUAAAAAUUGCGGGACAGCCGUAGUAACGUUCAAGUAA